CAGCGCGUGGUUGUGCAGCUUGGCGCGCACCGUUGGCGCUGGAUUGAUGUGCGCGCGGCGCGGCGGCUCGUCGUCACAGGAGCUUUGGAGUCGUUUAUAAAUAAUAGUCACCCAAUUGGUCCAACUUAUUAGCUAUCGAAUUUCCGUUCGCGUCGCGCGCGUUUCUUGCUGUCGGUCGUUGUGGAAGUGUUUGCUCAUUGUGAAGCCAGAAAAUAUAAUUGAGGGUGACAAAUUCGGCGGUGAAUUGUUGUCGGUUGUUGUGAUCAGUUGAACUUAAGGGGGAAUUUAUUAUUUUUGAAAGUGACUUUUCGUAAAACUCCAGAAUUGGAUCCCAAAAGGAAGAGGGCUUAUUCUAAUGUGCUCCCGCGAUCAUACCUCAAGCGAAUGCAUUAUCGGAGCACAUUUGGGCUGUUAGUGCAGAUACAGUGCCGUACGUUCCUGCAGAUCAAAGAAAGCCCACACCGGAAACGCGGUUUUCCCGGAGGAGAUAAAGCUUCCUGCACUAGCUGGGGCGCCCACUAAGAAGAUCCACCAAGUUUGACUCACGGUUCAAGGGCGUCAAAAAUUCCGUAAGCUACCCAACGGAAGUAAAACAAAAGUAUUAAGCUUCAAAAGCGGCACUGGGAAGCAAUUAGUUAUUCCUUCUACAAAGUAGUGUGAUAUAGAACUAUAGUAAUCAACAGCUGUGAAAAUAAGUGAAUUAAGUUCCAUAACAAUCAUAUUUAUUAUUAUAACAACACCCCACCAAAAAAAAAAACACUACUUACCAAAUAAAGACACUUCAAUCAGUAUUUCCGCGAAAUCGAACAAAGAAAUGUUAACAAUUGUGAUGAUGCUCGCCCUUGCCGCUGGGGGUGCCCUCGGUGCCGGACCCGACGAUUUGCCCACUUGUGGAAGCGAGGAGAUGGCACACACCGGAGAAUUUACCCCCUAUGAUUACUCAGCCGUUGGGUUCAUGUUGGUCGUUUCGCUCGGAAUCGGUAUAUUCUACGGGUACUUUGGCAAGUCCAAAGAGCAAAAUGAGGCCUCGGAUUCCAACGAAUUCCUGCUCGGCUCCGGUAUGACCGUUUUCCCCGUGACGCUAAGUCUGACCACGAGUUUCAUCACGGCAAUAGAACUUCUGGGAAACCCGUCGGAAAUGUUUUUCAGCGGAACGCAGUUUUCUCUGAUAGUAAUCUCCGCCCUGCUCGUUAUCCCCGUCGCCAUCAAGCUGUUCUAUCCGGUCUACUACAAAAUGAACCUAACGAGCUGCUACGAGUACCUGGGAUCGAGAUUCGACAACAGACUUCGAGUUUUCGGUGCCAUUCUCUACGUCUUGCAGAUGUCUUUCUACACGUCGGUGGCCGUCCUGGCGCCCGCCAUCGCCCUCUCCAAAGCAACAGGUUUGGAUACGCAUGUGGCCGUGGUGCUGAUCUACUUCGUGUGUAUUUUCUACUCGUCGCAGGGCGGUCUGAAGGCUGUCGUCAUCGCUGAUACAUUCCAGGCAUGCAUUCUCGCCCUGUCGCUGCUGCUGGUGGUCGGUCUCGGUACGUACUACACCGGAGGCCCUGCGGAAAUAUUCACGCGCGCCGAGGAAAACGACCGCAUUGAAUUAUUAAAUACCAGCACCAACCCGACCACCCGCCAUUCGAUCUACUCGGUCGUAAUCGGAGGGUUCUUCUACUGGACGUCCCUCUUCUGCACAAAUCAAGCGUCCGUUCAAAAAUGUAUGUCAUUAAAAUCGAUGAAAAAGGCGAAAAAGGCAGUUUGUUUUGCGAUUCUCGGAUUGGUGUUGGUUUUCCUGUUCAACUUCUACACGGGUCUGAUGACUUUUGCGCAUUACCAUCAGUGCGAUCCGCUGCGCUCGGGACAGAUCACCGAAAAGGACCAGCUGAUGCCGUUCUACGUGAUGGACGUUUUCGGUCACAUCCCAUUCAUGACGGGAAUCUUUGUCGCGGGAAUUUUCGCCGCUAGUUUGGGGACUGUUGCUGCCGCACUCAACUCGCUGUCGGCCGUCACGUGCGAGGAUCUUCUGGUGACCGGACUGGGAAUCAAGAUUCCACCGAAACGGGCUUCGAUGUACGCCAAGUGGAUGUCGCUGGGCUACGGAAUUUUCUCGUUCGGUUUGGUGUUUGUGGUGGAACGUCUCGGUGGCAUCCUGCAGGCUACCCUCACCCUGAACGGGUUGAUCGGAGGGGUAACGCUGGGACUGUUCUCGUUGGGAAUGUUCUUCCGUCAUGCCAACAGCAAGGGUGCCCUGUACGGCGGAAUCCUCUCGUUGGCAUUUGUCAUCUACCUCGGAGUGAUGGCCCAAAUUGACGGCGAACCGGUGACUUUCCUGCCAACCUCGAUGGAAUCCUGCAACUGCACCCAGCCGUCGCUGUCGUUUGCGUCGAUCCUGGCGUCGUCGGACCACUCCCGGGUGGCGAUGACGACGGUCGGUGACGGACCCGUCAGUAUGGCCCUGGUGGCGGCCGAAGAAGCGACCGGAGGACUGUCAACUGCCGUCGCCAUCCUCGGUGAUAAAGUGUUUCCUGAUGGAACUGGUGCUGCCUCUAUGGAAAUUAUGUCCCGCGCCUCGGACGAUUCCGGAUGGUCCUCGGUGUACCGGAUCAGCUACAUGUGGUACUCGUUCCUGGGAGCCUUCCUGACGGUGUUCUUCGGUUUCAUCAUUUCCCUGAUGACGGGGGGUCUCACCUCUCUGUGUGGCCUUCCGACCACUGGAGCCGAUCUGCCGCCUCUCGAUCGGGAUGAAAGCUGUGCCAAGUCGAUGAACGGCAGCGUCAAUGGAAAGGAAAAGAAGGCAAGAAAAUCAAUUACCAGUGAUGGUUCCAUCCGAAUCCAGAUCGGUGCACCGAUGACGAUGAUGAUGAAAACCGGUGUCUCCUGCAAGAGCUGGAAGAACACGAAGGACGAAGGCAACAUAUUUGCAGUCGAAGGAUAUCGUAAUCAAGCUUUUGAAUCCACCGCCGACACCGACUCCACCCCCGUCAACCCGGGUCGCCUCGCUCUGGAGGUGGAACGUGGAAAGUUUUAAUUAUGGAUUUUAGCAGUUUGUGUCUGUGGCACGUUCCGUUCCCUCUGGGUGGGAUUACUUCGGGAUUUGGUAUGUGGGACAAAUCAUUCCAGUGUAAUCUUGUGGGCUUUUUCGAUCGAUUGCGAUUGGAAGUUUGGUGCGAUUGCUUGCUCCCAUUCUGCAAGCAUUCAUCGUUACCCAUGUAUUUACUUAAGUAACAAAAACAGAUAAUCAAUCUUUUAACGAUGCACACAUGCACCAAGAUGAUACCGGCUGUAUUUCCUUUCCUAUUUAUUUUUACCUUCUUCUUAAACCCUGACACUGCAAACACACUGACUACACUAUAGUUGAUAGGCAACUGGAUGAAUUUAUCAACGGAAGUAAUUUAAAGUACAAAUCGUAGAGGAUGAGAUGAAAUCCUGUGAGCCACUUUGAGAGUAUGUUAGAGUGGCAGGACCCCAUCAGGAGUGCAUUUGGUAAUUACAGAAUUGAUGAGUUUUUAAUUGAUAUAGGAAAUUGUAUCCUGAGAUUAUCUGUUAUCCCAGAAAAUUCUGUUCCAUCUCGGAAUCGAUCGCAUAUUUAUUAUACAAUUAGGAUGUACGUUUAUUAUGUUUACUUUAUGUGACCCUAUCUUUGUAGGUUAUGAAUGUGAAUGUCCCUAUGGAUGGCAAUAAAUCUGAGAACACAUA